UUGUAGUAGUAGUUUGUUAGAUUUCCAUCAAAAUUCGAAAAUAAUGUUUAAAAAACAAAACAUUUAGUUGAAAUUCGCUGUUGAGUUGUUUUCUGGACCCAGGCCCAUCGGAUGCUUCACAAAUGUCCCGCCAACCGCCGCCGAUACCCAAGACAGCUGAGCGUACGCCGGGUCCGCUGGGCAAGGAUACCAAGAGCAAUAAUGAAAAGUUCCUGCAGGAUUUGUAUUCCAACACAAAUCGGUUUCGCAAGAUGCACGGUUCUCCCGAGCUCAAAGUGAAUGCUGCACUCAGCAAAUAUGCUCAGGAAUGGGCAAAUCAUUUGCGGGAUAAGAACAUAAUGCAGCAUCGGCCGAAGCCCAAGUACGGUGAGAAUAUCUUUCUCUCAGGCGGCAUGGAUGUAACUGGUGAUUUGCCAGUAGAGAUGUGGUAUCGAGAGAUAAACGCCUUCAAUUUCGAUAAGCCAGACUUUACGCCCACUUCGGGGCAUUUUACGCAGCUCAUCUGGAAAUCAUGCACAGAAAUGGGCGCGGGUGUGGCACGCAAGGCGGAUCGUACUUGGGUUGUUUGCAAUUAUAAUCCACCUGGCAAUGUUAUGGGUCAGUUCAAGGAGAAUGUGCCAAGAAAACUAUAGAGCUAUAGAACUAUGUAAACAUUUGAUAAAGCUCCAGAAUUUUAAAUUUUAAUAGCGAAAAAACUAAAAAUUCUCUUAAUUUAAA